AGAAGUUAUAGCUGAUGAUAUUCUUAGGAGAGAGGCUGCAGAUAAAUGUUGCCAAUCCAAAUAAAAAACUACCAAAAGUACUUCCAAUGUAAAUUUCUAGUUGAUGUUUUGAGGCAGGCAGAAGGGUUUCCUUGAUGAGAUAAAAGCCAACAUAGUGAAGGGUGGUCUGCUUUUCUUGUGUAACUUUCUCCUUCAAUCACAUGAAGUACUUCAUCUUUAUCUCUGAACCAUCAUGUCUCAACCAAACUUAAUCAUACAUAUUUAUAAUGCUUCUGCCCCCAUUUUCAAUUAUUUGGACCCCUCCUCCAAAUUCCAAUACAUACAAUCGUUAAAUACCUUAAUAAUACUAGUUGCUUCUAAUUAUAUACCCUCUGAAAUUACUUUGCAAGGUCACUUUCUUCGUAAAGCAAUAAUUUCUUUUAUGCCCUCAAGUCUUUGAAAGGUAAAGGCUGUAUAAAUGGAAGAUGGAAAGGGGGCUAGGACAUCACACUAGAGAUUUGUAGACAUGAGGGGACACGAACCACGUUCAAGCUCUUCUUGUGCAGCUUGCAAGUUGCUGAAGAGAAGGUGCAUUCCCAACUGUAUUUUUGCGCCGUAUUUCAAAUCAGAUGAGCCCAAGAAGUUUGCCCAGGUACACAAGGUGUUUGGAGCUAGUAAUGUGAGCAAGAUUCUGAUCGAAGUGCCGGAGGAGCAACGCGAGGAGACGGUGAAUUCACUGGCAUAUGAAGCGGAGGUAAGGCUCAAGGACCCUGUCUACGGUUGCAUUGGUGCCAUAGCUAUGUUACAGAGGAAGAUGUUCGAGCUGCAACAUGAUUUGGCUAUCGCAAGAGCUCGCCUUGCUCGCUACGCUGCAAAUUCUUCUGCUGCCUGUAGCAUCAUGCAUUCUUCUGCUGCCUGCAGCAUCAUGCCUUUCAGUGAGCCUCCUGCUUAUGAUGGAUUCCUCAACAGCUUCAGCCUCACUUCAUCUGAAAUGAAUCAAGAUGGACAGAUGUAUGACUAUAGCCAAGCUCCAUAUAUAAUAAGGCAUGAAUGAUCUCUCUCUUUCUCAUUUAUAAAUAACGCUUAGACUCUUGGCCUUAAAUUUUAUGUUCUGGAAAAAGAAAUGCAGAAAAUUAAAGGUAUUUUCUAAAUGAAUAAGCUCAGAAUGUUUAGCAUCCUAAGAAACGAUCAUUUCUAAAGAUAAAAGAGAUCACAAGCCUUAAUCUUUAAGAUUGUAAAGUUUCUUUUCCUUCGGGGAAAAAUCUUCAAGAAUGUACCAAAGAGUUGUACCUUCUUGCUUUUCUGAUACUCGUCCCAUCACCCAGUAAGAAUCACAUGCUGCUGUUUGUGAGCUUUUGUUUGCAGAAUUCUUCAAAGCAUGAAUUAUGGCCAAUAUUUUUUUCCCUUUCUUGACACGUUUGCUGUCUUCAACAAUCUGCCUUUGCCGUAUGACCCUACAGGAGUAGCUCCUACAAUGUCGAGUUAAAAGUCAUAUACUUUAAUAAGUAUAAAUGCAGAAU